AGAAUCAACAAUGCAACCAUGUAUUGCGGCUCUUUUUCCUCUAAUUUUGGGGUUGUCCAAAACUCAUUCCUAAUUCAUCAUCAUAGUUAAAUUAGGAAUCCACUCUAUCUCUCUCUUCCUGAACCAGAAAUGGACAAAUCAUCUUCUUGGCCCCCAUAAAAAAAAUCAGAUAUAGAGGUGCACAUAUUCCAAUUCCCUUGUAUUGGUCCAAGAACCUAAUAUUUAUAUGUACAAGUUUCUUGGACCAAUUUGGUUAAUUACUACCUGCAAAAAUAUUUCCAUUAACAAAUUAAAAAGUGAUCUGUUUUAGAACUUAUGGUCUGUUUCCAAUCAAAAGCAAGUGGAUUUGGAUCUUUAUGUUCAAUUUGAAUGGUACUGCAGAGGGAUUCAAGAUUAGAACAAAGAAAUGGGAUUAAGAUUAUCAAAACAGGGGUUCAAGAAGCCCGACAAUCUGAGUAUCAAUGGUCUCCACCAUAGUCUGAUAAAUUAUCUGUCAAGAAGUUUCAAGUUACGUAACUUGGUGUCGAAACAAAGAAGGCGAAUGCUUGUUGGCGGGUAUGAUCUUGACAUGACUUAUAUAUCAGAUCGAAUUUUAGCAAUGUCAUUUCCUGCAGAACACGUGCGAGCAGUGUUUCGCAACCCUUUGUGGCAGGUUAAGUCUGUAUUGGAUAUGAGACAUGCUGGACAUUAUAAGGUGUAUAACUUAUGUAUAGAGCAGGCUUAUGAUGCCUCACAUUUUCAUGGCCGAGUGGAGAGGUAUCCGAUUGAUGACAACCAUGUCCCUCCUCUCGAAAUGAUAAAGGAUUUUUGUGAAGAUGUCUACUCAUGGCUCUCAAGUGACCCCAAGAAUAUCGCUGUUGUACACUGCAUGGCAGGAAAAGGCCGAACAGGGUUAAUGGUUAGUUCGUACCUAGUUUACACUGGCACGUCAGCUGAGGAGGCUCUGCGAGUGUAUGCAGAGAAGCGAACAACUAAUAAUGAAGGGGUAUCCAUUCCAAGCCAACGUAGAUACGUCAAAUAUUGGGAGCACACACUUUCCUUUCCAAAGGGUGUUCCUUGUGGUCCUCCAACUGUCAACUUGCCUAAGUCAUGUCAGAGAGAGCUGCUUCGCAUUAGAUUAUAUGACACUACAAACGUCGAGUCCAUCUUUUUCGUUGUAUCCGAGUUGCAAAGAGUUCCAGGAGAGAAAUAUUGUCCACCUGCAGAGGUCUCAAAGAGUUGCUGCAGACAAAUUAAGAAUGGUAUUCAGAGAACUUAUAGCCCUCGAUAUUUUUAUUCGUUCGUUGAGGGAAAUGAAGAUGAGAUGGAACAAGAAAAGAAGGAACCUCGUCUCGUAGUCCAAAUGGACACAGAAAGUUCCAUGCUCUAUCAGAAAACCUGUCUUGAUCACUUCUAUGAUAAACCAGUGCAAGUCUGUGGAGACGUGCGUAUCAUAUUCUACGAAAAGCUCAUAGGAGGACGUCUUUUCUACGCUUGCUUUAAUACUGCUUUUAUUCGGAAUGAUCUUCUGCAGUUUUCGUUACGGGAGCUAGACAAAGUUGGGAGAAAGGGUAGGUCCAUGACUGGUUCUUCAUUCUGCUUGGAGUUGUUUUUUGGUCCGGCGAAUGGAGAUUAUUUGCCAACACCUCCGUUGCACGAGGAUGAUCUUAGUGAUUGUUAAUUUCACUUAAGAAGGUGGCUCAUUUUUAUCAAUCCAUUAUAUAUUACAAUUCAUAGUGUUGUACAUUUUAAAUUUCAGUUGUCUUGCCAUCUAUUUUUUCAGGGAUGGAAGACUAGGAAAUUUCAAUAAUUUUGAAUGUAGAACUCGAGCGAGCAGUUUUAAGAACUAAUGUUUUAUCUUGAAACUUGCAUGCAUAUUCUAGAAUCUGAUGGGGGAAAAUAUCUUAGAAUUUGAUAAGUAUCUACGUUUUUUGGUUGCAUUUAGCAUUAGAAUUUGAGGGCCAAAUUGUAUUCUCUGUUUGAUCCUUAUAAUCAACUUAGAGAUUAGAGUUGAAUUCUAA